CUUUAUCAUGACAUCGCGUACGAUCCAAAGGGGCUGUUUCGAAGCUGAUUAUGACGCUGCGAACCUUGGCACUCGGUCAAAACAACCAGAGAAACAGAGUCUCCUACGAAGCCGUCGUGCACUAGAAGUCGCAACUGGAAUCAGAUUUGCAUCUCUUGACCCGACUAUUGGACCCUGCAUCGCCAUCCAAGAGAGCAAGAGAGCAAAGGGGCUUGUACAAUACGGAGUAAGCAUGGUGCUUGUACGGAACAGGGCUAAGCUAAGGUAAUCUCUAGCCCGCUAAAGGCAGUGAGCGGCGUCCAAGCGCCAGCGCCUUAGCCUCCACCCUCACCCCCAGGCCCGCUAACAUUUCAGUGGCUAAGUGCUACUCUGCCACUGCCACUGCCGCUGCUACUCAACAAUUCCACUAAUCUCGUCUCGCACUUGGGCUGGGCUCGCAUUCCCAUUCCUGCUCUGGCUGGGGUCUUCCUUGCCAACUCCCGUCACGUCUCAUUUGCACCUGGCCUUGAUCCUAUUUUUCUGACCUUAACUCUACACCCUCCCUCGUCUCACUCGACCAUCUUUUUUACUUGCCGUCUUUUCCUUUUUCACCUUUUUCUAUCUCGUCAGUAGUUUACGCAAGUCUCGAUCAUUCAUCUCUUUGAUCGUAUAUCCACAAGCCUUACUCCUUUCUCUUUGCUGCGCGACGAGAAACACUCUAACCAAACCUCUUCCUUGGCAACUCGACUCGAUUCGAAAAACGACGAGACCAAAACAAUUAAUCAAAGACAAUCCUCGAGAAACGGCCAACCUCUGGUGAAAGGGGGUUAAAUUCGUCGAAACCAAAACAGACAACAAAGCAGAGCUCCAGCUCAGUCACUACAAUGAGUUACGGAUACGGUGGCCAAAAUCCAUACGACUCCCCUGACCAGGGCUAUGGUGGUAACAAUGGCUACGGCAAUGGCGGUGGCUACAACAGCCCACCCGCUCAGGGUUAUGGAGGUAGCGUUGAGAUGGCUCCCCUUGCUCACAACGCCGGCGGCUUUGGCCAAGGCGACCCCAACGCCAUUCUCAAUGAGUGCCGCGACAUCGACCGUGGAAUCGACACUGUUGAACAGAACUUGGAACAGCUCCGCAUGAUCCAACAGCGAACUCUUGACGACGCCGAUAGCUCAGGUUCCAGCGCCGCCAGCCGCCAGCUCGACUCGCUUUCCGCGGAUACGAUGUCUCUCUACCGCGAGCUCACCGAGCGAGUCCGCACCGUCAAGUCUAACCCCGAGGCGAAAUCGCCAAAGAACAACCCUCACGUCACCCGCAUUGACCGCCGUCUCAAAGCUGCCAUCACCCAAUACCAGCAGGUCGAGUCACAAUUCCGAAAACGCACACAGGAUCAGAUGGCCCGCCAGUACCGCAUUGUGCGCCCAGAUGCCUCAGAGCAAGAAAUUCAGGCUGCUGUCGAGGACACUACUGGAGGGCAGGUCUUCAGCCAGGCCAUGAUGCAGAGUGAUCGUCAGGGUCGUGCCCGUGCUGCCCUGAGCGCUGUUCAAGACCGUCAUCAGGCUCUCAUCAAGAUCGAGCAGCAAAUGGUUGAGCUGGCUCAGUUGUUCCAGGAUAUGGACACCCUCGUCGUUCAGCAAGAAGCUGCCGUCACCCAAAUUGAACAGAAGGGCGAGGAAGUCGUUGAGAACCUCGACAAGGGUAACGAGGAGAUUGGUGUGGCCGUCAACACUGCCCGCAAGACACGCAAGAAGAAGUGGAUCUGCUUGGGUAUUUGUGUUGCUAUCAUUGUUGUUAUUGUCAUUAUUGUUCUCAUCUACAUCUUCGUCAUCAAGGGACAGAACAACGACAACAAGAAGCGAAGUAUCGAGGCAGCCAUUGGCAGCUUGCCUGUUAUGCACACAGCUGUCCUACCUGCUCGCUUAGCCCGUCGUGUUGCUGCCGGCAACACAGCGUCUCUGCUCAAGAGUGUUGGCGGAGGGCGAUUCCAUCUACCUCAGCUACCGCGGAACUAGGUUGAAGUCGAACGAUGAGAGAAUGGUUCGGAGGCGAUUGUCUUCGAAUGACGGGGAGGCGAUACUUGGACUCAUUGAGGGACAUAUACGCAUUCUAGAGAGGUGAGCCAGGAUCGUGUGGAGGUAAAAGCAGUGUCAGAGCUGUAUUUGUGUUUUUGCGUAUUCCCAUUGGAUUUGGAACAUAACUGUUGCUAUAGCCCGACAGCCCGCCUUUUUUUUCUUUAUGUUUGUACAACCGGGUUUGACUCUGCCACUCUUCUGGCGCUUGAUUUCCUUUUCUCUUUGCAUUAGUUUGAGGCGUUUAUAGUAUGAACUUUUAAUUACAUUUCGCUUCCUCA